CUUUAACCGUGACGCGCUCAAGGACCCGCCACUUCCACUCAGUAUACGCGACCGUCGGAUUCAUACAAGACGAAUAGCAACAUAGAUCCUUGGUCAAGGUCUACUAUAACCAUGCUCAGCGCUGUCGCAGCCCGAAAAGCGCGUCUCGAGGGAAAGCAGGUUACAGUCCAGGCCGCACCACCUCCAAAGCGAGCCGCCGUCUCCGCUGAAUCUCCAAAACCUACCACACCUCCAUCGAAACGCAAGCCCAGCGAAAGCUCAACCAAGCCUGCUAAGAAGAAACGAAAAAAGCAGCAGAAGCCCGUGCAGGAUGCCGCAGAACGCUACUUUGCCGAGGAUGCAUUCAAGAUGCAGCAGGAUGUCAUAGUUGUGGGCGACUCCAGCGAAUCAGAGGAUGACUUCGUCGAUGCUCAGUUCGCGGAAGAAAUGGGUGCCGCAACAGCAGGACCGAGCGGCAGCAUGUCUACGGGCCCACCGAUCAAGUCCCGGAGGCGUCGAGCAUGGUCUCCAAGUGCUCCUCUGCGCGAUUCCUCGGACGAAGAGGAUGACGAUAGUAUCGACGACGACGUUGCCGCUAUACCCACACACCCUGUCGUCGCCCCCGUGGCGGGACCGUCAAGGACGAUGCCUAAGGUACUCUCGACGUUCCAGCCCGUCCUGGGCCAAAACAUGUUCUACCUCACCCCAGAGGAAGCAAAGACACUCGACUUACAGUCGUCGCAAAGCGACGACAUCGGCACCCUGAUCGUACUGCAUGCCUCGGACACUCUUGCUCUCCUAGGCACUUACUGCUUGACUGUCCUGCAAGGCGCUGUAUCCCUCACGGGCAGCAUCGUAUCUGCAUCGCAUACGUGCCACCUGAUAUUCGCUCCGCGCUCGUCGCCCAUCCCUGUGAUCAGGAGCGUUGCGGCCAACCUCAGCCAUCGGACUAUAGAACUUCCUGAUCGUAUUCGACCAGCGGUUGGUUCCGGCGCUGCAGUAGUAUUGCUACAAGAACUACAGACGGGUGUGGAGCGGCUAGGUCUCGUGUGCCGCACUUUCGAGGGUGUAUUUUCCCCAUCACGGUUUCAAAGCAAGAUGUCCACCAUUGAUCUGAAUCUUCGCGGUGUCUACAUGCUCCGGACUGAGACGUCUGAUGCCUCGCCAUUCAUUAUGCCACCAUCAUGGGAGGCAGCUGCAUCUUCCAUGGUCGCCCAUGCUGCAAACCCGCACGAGAUGAGCUAUUCGAGGUCCGUGUACCUCGUCAAGGGCCCUCGGAACACCGGGAAGAGCACCUUCGCGAAGGUACUGCUGAACGCACUUUUGACAAGAUAUCGCCGCGUCGCGUUCCUAGAAUGCGACUUGGGCCAGUCUGAAUUCACUCCGGCGGGAAUGGUGGCGUUGAACAUCCUAGAUGCCCCUGUAUUCGGGCCGGCGUUCACACACCCGGGCCUCCCUUAUGCGUCACAUUUUGUCGGAGCAACGUCACCAAAGUCAUCACCAUCCUAUUACCUCGAAUGCGUUUCAGCUCUCAUACAGUCAUAUAACCUCGAUGUCCAGCACGGCGCCCUCCUGAACGACUACGACGAAAAGGGUGUAGACCACGAUAAGAUUACGGACACAAUACCACUCGUCGUAAACACCAUGGGCUGGACGCGCGGGCUCGGCUCCGAUUUAUCGCUCAAAAUCGAAGAGGCAGUCGAACCAUCCCAGAUUUUUGAGCUCGAGGCGCCCCAGGGCGAUGAUGGAUACGCGACAAAUCCACCCUUCGACGGUACACCGUCGCGGAUCCGCGCCCCUUUAUUGGCACAUGGCCCUGACGGCGACGACAGAAUACGUCGGCUGGAAGCCGUCCCUCCGUCCGCCGCGUCCAACUUCUUCACUGCUGCCGAUCACCGCACUUUGUCCGUCCUCUCAUACUUUCACGCCACGUUCAUUUUACCUUCUUCUGACGCCACGGUGGCGACGGCGACUUCGGCAUCUAGCUGCGUCGCACGAACGUGGGACGUCACACUUCCACUGUGCGCCCAGCUGCCAUACGAGGUGGACUGCCAAGCCGCGUUUGACCAGGUCGUACUUAUCGGCGCUGGCAUGGAGGAUGUGGUACCCUCCGAACUCGUUCACGUGCUCAACGGGGCGAUAGUCGGUUUGGUGCAGUGCGAGGCCGGAACCAUGGACGACCUAACAAGCGACACAGAGUUGUCUGUCCCCGGUCUGCCUUACACACAAGGGAGCCCGCCUCCACCGUCGUUCUCUUCGAAAUGCUGCGGGCUCGCUCUCGUGCGGGGCAUCUCUCAGUCCGCGACAGGCACGUUGAUGCACAUCAUCACGCCCGUCCCGUCAGAACAGCUCGCAAACGUUCGCGUCCUGAUCAAAGGCGAGCUGGAACUGCCCGUGUGGGGGAUGCUUGACUUCCGGAACACGCAAGGCGACGUCGCUGGCGUCGAGCGAGACAACGUGCCCUUCCUGCGCUGGGGCAAGAGCGAGGGCGUAGGCGCGGAACGAAGAAGAGUGCGGAGGAAUCUCAUGCGGAGAGGGCAGAUGUAGGUAUCAUACAGCGAUAGUGUCCGCCAGCUCGAGGGCAAGUGUCCUGUCCGCCUCACGAAGCAAUGCUCAUUCGAACGCGAUCACCAUGUCUGGCCCCUUCGUUUGGAGCCAUCGUCGCCAGAUUUUUCGAUAUGC